AUGCCUGGAAAGAAGGCGCGUAAGCGCGCGCCACGGAACCCCGCACGGGCGCCAGCUGAGGUGGAACUUGAGUCUGGCAUUCAACUCAGGAGAUUUGGAGACAAAGUAAAUUUCCGUCAGAAACUUCUGAAUUUGAUUUCCAAACUCUUCAGUUUAGUAACCUGACUGCUUCAAAAGCCUUUGGGUGAAGGGAGUCCUUUAAAAAGGAAGUAUCCCCAGUAGGUCCAAUUUCA